GCAGAAGUGGUAAUGCCACUCUGGGCGUUACAAACCCCCAGUUCUGCUCUGCAGAUGAACCUGAAACUUCACCCUCUCAGUCACCGACACAGUGUAACGCCUCCAUGCUCUGCUCUGUGCAUUCAGAUACAGUAAAGUGUCUCUGUGUCAGCUUCAUGCACUGAUGUAGAGAUACACCGUGUGUCCUGCUUUACACUGCGGCUUAGCGCUCCAAGGGCACUAUUGGAUUUUGUAAACUUUGGCACUCCAGCUGUUUUGAAACUACAACUCCCAGCAGAGUUGUAGUUUGAGUACAGCUGGAGGAUCCUGGGAUUAAUAAAUCCUAUCCAGUGAGAACAGGUUUUCCCUUUCAACCAUAAUAUGUGCAACAAAGUGCAGAAACACAACGGGGCUUUGGUGGUUAACCCCUAACAUGCUGUAAUAACGGAUAAUAAUAUAUAUAAUCAUAUAUUAGAGGCGCAGAGACAGAAGGGCGGGGCUGGCCGGGGCAGCCAAUUAGAUGCCUGCUUACAUCAUUGUCUUCUGCGUGGCAGAAUGACAGGCUGUGUGAUUGGUCGCUGCUGGGCCGUUCUGUCAUCCUCUGUGUACAGCUCCUCGCGCAGCCAUGUACUCCAUAGUAGACUACAGGGGGCUACGCGAUGAGGCCGCGUGUGGGUAUUGCCGUUCAGAAGGCGGCAAAGCGUCUCACGGAAUGUGGGCGCACUCUCUGACUGUUCAAGAUUACCAAGGCCUGAUAGACAGAGGAUGGAGACGGAGUGGGAAGUAUGUGUACAAACCUCUAAUGAGCCAGACCUGCUGCCCACAAUACACUAUAAGGUUAUCUGCAGUAAAUUACCAACUCAACAAAUCCCACAAGAAAGUGCUCAAAAAGGUGCAGAGGUUUCUUCAGGAGGGAGAAGUGUCUCAUUCUACCAGUGAUGGAAUUUCAGUUGAAGAAAUGGACUCUCAGGCCGACGGCCCGGUCUCUUGCAGUGUUUCCUGCAAAGACAAGAGUGAAAUCCCAGAGGAUGAGCUCAAACCACUGAGCAUCGAGGGCGAGGAAACUGAGAAACCACAUGGAGACAAGGAAAUGGAGAAAAUCAUUGGUGCCGAAAUACACACGGAACAUGGAGACCCGGUAGAAACUACUACAUUAAAGACCAAUGUUCACUCAAUGCCAAGACCAGGUAAAGGUGCAGAUACAACUAGGCCACCUUGUCGGAAAGCCAAAGACAUCCGUAAGGAGCGCCGCUUGCAGAAAAUGCUGCUUCAAAAGAAAGAUCAGGCGUUGGAACAACCAGCUGUCGCCCCGACUCCACCAAAACCCAAAGCAAGUGGCAUCAAAUCUAUAGAGGAUUUCAUUGAUGUGCCGGACCGUGACAAUGUAGCUCAUAAACUUGAGGUAAAACUUGUGAGGUCCUCUCCUCCCAGCCACCAGUUCAAAGCAACGUUUCAAGAGUCUUACCAAGUAUAUAAGCGUUAUCAGAUGACCAUUCACAAGGACCCACCCGACAAGCCAACUGUGAGCCAGGUCAAGUUAGUUCCAGUCUCCAUGGAGGAUCCUGAAUUUGUGGCUUCCUUCGACUCUUCAGCCGCUCUUUAUGCCAAGUAUCAGAUGAGCGUGCACAAGGACCUUCCUUAUGAAUGCCAACCCUCAGAGUUCACAAGGUUCCUCUGCGAUUCUCCAUUGGAGCCGGAGACUCGGCCAGAUGGCAUCUCGUGUGGUUACGGUUCUUUUCACCAGCAGUAUUGGCUUGAUGGGAAGAUCAUUGCCGUUGGGGUUAUUGACAUCCUUCCAUACUGUGUCUCGUCUGUAUACCUCUACUACGACCCCGAUUGCUCCUUCCUGUCCCCUGGUGUAUACUCUGCCUUACGAGAGAUAGCCUUUACCCGCAAAUUGCAAAGAAAGGCCGCUGACCUGUGCUAUUACUACAUGGGAUUUUAUAUUCACUCCUGUCCGAAGAUGAGAUACAAGGGUCAUUAUAAGCCAUCGCAACUACUUUGUCCGGAGAGCUAUUCCUGGGUGCCUAUUGAGAAAUGUGUACCACUGCUUGAGUCCUCCAAAUACUCUCGGUUUAAUGGUAAUCCUGAAGAAGGAGACAUAGAUUAUCUGACAGAGUUGAGUCGAGUUCGAGUCUUACACAAACGCACGGUCAUGCCUUACAGCGUAUACAAGAAGAGACGCAAAGGGCCAAGCGAUGAGACUGUUGUGAAACAAUAUGCCGCCUUGGUGGGUCAGACCUGUGCAGAACGCAUGCUCUUAUACCGCAGCUGAAAUUCCUUGAGUAUGGUCCCUCAUAAAUAAAGCUCUGGAGAAGAAGACUGCAUGCCAUUGUUUUUACCAAGUUUAACAUAGAUCUGCCAGAUGACUCAUUGAAAAAGUGUGACUUGCCACCAGCUCCCGCAUACAUUAAGAUGCCCCCUGAGAAAUAUACCCCUCCUCAGCGCACUGGUGAAGAAGACCAUGCAGUGGAAAUGUGAGAAGGAAGAAAAAUGUGGUGGCUUCAGUCCAUGUGCCCCUCUGUUAUUCUAGAAAUGAAACCAUUACUCUUUGUUGCUGAGACCGAUAUGAAUAUAUAAUGUGUUGGUAUUUAAGAGACUGCACUUUAUAUAUGGCUUUGUAUAGUUCUGCAUCGGAUGUUCUGCAGGACUCGGCCUCUAUAGACAUGAUUUUAUGUUAUUUUGUUGUUUUUGGGGUCUAGAUAAUUAACCAGGUUGAUAUGAAAUGUUAAUCUAAUUUAGUCAAAGUAUCUUCUACUUGAAAGGCAUCAAAUAGAUAUGUGAUCAUUUAGCAUAUCAUUUGUCACCUUUUAAAGGGGUCCUAUCAUUUAGCUUUCUAAAGAUGUCCCUGUCUCAACCACCAGGCGCAUUAUGUUUUAAAAUAAUUUAUCUGUUACCCAGAAUGAGUACAGGAGAUAAGUCUGGCUUCUUCAGACACAUGAGUAUUUGCACGGAUGAAAGGGAUCUGGUGAAAUUAAAUAUUCGUAUUUACCUGUUCCCCACUUCUCAGUUCUGCACCCUGGGUUCUGUUUCACCAUAUUAUGUUACCUGUUUGCCAGCCACGUAUGGACGUUGUCGGGUGCGCUUGCUGAAGCCAAUGACUGGCUUCAGCAGUGACCUUUCCCCAAGUGGUACAUCACUGCUAGGUUACGUACCCAUUGGGAAAACUUUACUGCUGAAGACAGUCAUUGGCUGCAGCAGCGUAUGUGACAGUGUUCUUACCUGGCAGUAAGUACAGAAGCCUGGGCACUGGAAGAUGGCAGAACGGAACUCGGGUAGCGGGUAAGUAAGAAUCUUUCAGUAGGUGAUCCUUGCCAAGGACCAUAAGUAAAUAGUUAAUUUAAUCCAAGGACCAUGCAACUUACUUCACUGCGCAUGUGCAACAAAUUGAGGUGUACUGUCCUCGGAUUAAAUGUGUCUGGAGCUGCCGGCUCCUCUCUGGUAAUAGACGGGUUCUUUUUCUACAUAAGGCUAAAACUGCCAGAGGCAUUUUUGGAAAGAUGCUUAAGGACCUGCGGGUGAUUUAGUGGCCCCAAAACUAAUGAAAGCUUCACUUUAAACUAUUACAGUGCUGUGGAUGUUUUUGAAAACGUUAUCCUAACAUGUAUGACCGGGUCCCUUGUCACACUAUGUGCCUCUUAACUGUAAGGAUGCUUGGCAGACAAUGCCUGACCGUCACUGUGUACGCAAAACUUUAUACAGCCACUGUAAACGCCCACAACAGCUUAACCUUCUCGUCAUGAAAACCUGCCCCAUCAAGUAACAGAUUUCUGUUUACAGAGAAUAUUUUGGUGGUUUUGUGAUGUCUAUAAUGAAUCAGGAGGCGGCUAACUGUUUCAUGUCUCCUUAGGCUACUUUCACACUAGCGUUUUGGCUUUCCGUUUCUGAGAUCCGUUCAGGGCUCUCACAAGCGGUCCAAAACGGAUGAGUUUUGCCCUAAUGCCUUCUGAAUGGAAAAGGAUCCAC